AAUGAACUUGAGGAUAAUUCUUCUUAUAACCUUUGGAUUAUCAAUUCGAAUUUACAGUUUAAAUUUGGGUGAUAGAGACUUUAAAGAAGCAAUUAGAGCUGGUCCUCUAAAUUUGGCUCAAAUGGCAACUGUAAUACCAGGACAUUUACAAUCUUUAACUGACGGAUGCCCGUUCUUCUCAAAUUGGUCGAACUGCUGCGCAUCGUUAAUUAAGAGUCAAGAAGUUACUAUUCAAUUAGCGAGAUCAUAUUCGAUUUCAACGGUAGUCAUCUAUUUUCAAACUGGAGAAGAAGUGCAAUUCGUUGAACUUCUUGUAAAAGUUGGACUAAUCGUAUGCCAAGAAUUUCAUGGAAAUGUAACAAAUUAUCACCCAAUUGAGCUAAUAUGUACUACAGUACUUAAUGGAGAUAAUAUAAAUCUUUUGGCAAUAGAUAACGUUGCAGUAUGUGAAAUUGAAGUCUAUUCUGAUAAUAUAGCCCUUAAAGCUCCUCUAAGGGCUUGGAGACGUUUGAACGAAGCAUUAUCAUUUAAUGAUGGCGAUUUAGCUAAUGGAUAUCCUUUCUUAUCUAUUCCACAUUGGUUUAUGUUUUUUCUCAUUCGGCCUUAUCUUAUUAAAGAAAUAAAGGUUUUUCGAACAAUGAAUAAUUUACACGCUGACGGAAAAGUCUUCCAGCUACAUCCCCAAUACGAUAGAUCAAAUGAAAAACUGUGCGGCUCUAAGAUUUCUGACACUAAUAAUCUUCUUCACAUGGAAUGCCAACCGAAUUCGGAAGGUGCCUAUGUAGAAUUUACUGUGAGAAAGACACAUGCAUUUUUCCAAAUGGUCAAUCUGGUUGAAAUUGAAAUCUAUGGUGAAAGAAUUGAUAAAGAAAAAUACCCCGUUAAUGUGGCUUUUCAAAAACCAAUUUCCGUUUCUAAGCCAUCAUCAUCUUGCAUCUCCGCUCUUACUGAUGGUUCAAUUUUUACUGCUGCUGAUGCAGUUGUAGAAAGUGGCUCAACUUGGAUGUGUAUUGAUAUGCUUGCCGUAUAUUCCGUAACUUAUUUCAUAUUAUACAAGACAUCUGAAAAUGAUAAUAGCGUAGAAAAAAUAGAUUUUAAAGUGUCAAAACUUCCUACAAAUGAUCCUUUUUCAUCUCUUUAUGAGCUUUGUUACCGACAUGAUAGUCAAACUACAGGCUUUCAGUACAACUCCAAAUGUCUUAACCCUAAUCCAAUUGGUAGAUACUUUCUUAUUCUUCAGAGAAAGACUGUCCAGAAUAACAUAGCCAUUUCAGAUAUUGAAGUUUUUGGCAUUUUCUUACAAGAGUGGAACUCUCAGUUAAUCUCUCAUAAGAUAAUCCAACGAAAUCGAAUGGAUUUUCAAAAGUCACAUGUACCUAACGUAAACCUGUGGAAAACUUCGGAUCAUUUUCCGUAUAAUCCAAUAAACAUAGUCCCUCAAACUUGUGUUGAAAUCUCUACAUGGUUCUUAAUCCAAUUCUUUAAUAUAAGUAGCGUUCAUAACUUUACAAUAGUCCCAAAGUGUUCGCAAACAGAACUGGCAUUCGAUAAUCUGGAAUUAUCUGUUAUUAAUUCAAACUCUUACGAUAUAGAUUUAAAUAAUUAUCCAAAUGGUAUUGCAAAAUGCCUUUGUUGGAGAUCAAGUGAUCAUGAAUCAUUAAAACCUGGUCGUUUAAUUUAUGGUAAUUGUAUGAAUACUUGUUAUGGUCAAGCUUUAUUUGUUCAUACAAAAAGUUCAAAUAAAAUAAAAGUGUGUGAGAUAUACGUGUAUGGAAAAUCUGUUGACUUUAUUCCUAUUGAACACAAACCCUCAUACUUUAUUUUCAAUGAUUCUUAUCACAAAUGUGAACAGAAUAAAUCAUUUUACUCUUUGGGUAAACCAUUUACAAUAUGGUUGGAAAGCUAUGCCAAAGUCUAUGGUUUGACUUUGAAUUCAAAAUCAGCUAAUAUAUCAAUAUCCCUAAAUCAAACAGAUUCAUUUGAAAUUUGUUCUAAUUACGAUUUUACUGAUGGAACGGAUACGGAAAUAUUUUCGAUAUUUUGUAAAAAUUUCCAAGUGGUUCAAUAUAUUAAAAUAGAAAGUAACAAUAUUGAUAUUUGUAGUAUAAAAGCUUCAGUAAAAUUUGUCAGAUUAUCUAACUAUUUCAAACCUAUAAGUUCAUUUGGAAUCUUUCCAUUUUAUAAAAGGGAUGAAAAGGAAAAUGUGAUGGAAUGUGCUCAAUCAUGUCUCUCCUUACCGUAUUGUCUAUCUUUUGGAUGGAAUAUAAAGAAUAAAGUAUGUUUACAUUCAAAAUUCUUAAUACCGAAGAAAUUAACUGGUCCUAUUGAUAAAUCUGUUAUAAAAUUUACAAGAGAAAUGAAUCAUAUACCAAACUCAAACUGUAUUUGA